GUGACGCAACAAGGGUCCUCCGAACUUUGACACAAAAAAUGGCGACCUCUAUGCUGUGCAGGAGGACAGCAGUAUUUACCUGGGCUAUUCGAGGGGUUUCAUCCUUAAAAUCGUAUAAUCCUGCCAGCUCACACUGCGGGUUUCUACAGCAGACAGCAAAUUAUAAUCAUAAACCACUAAAAUUAAAUCUGAAAGAUCCAUACAUACCAGAUAGGGAAAGCGAGAAAACUCCGGAAUGGCAGAAGACGGCGAAGUAUGACCGCAAGCUAUUCGGGCGGUAUGGCUCUUCGUCAGGAAUCGACCCUGCAAAGCUGUGGCCCAACCAUACCCAGCUCGAGGAGAUGAUAGCAGAGGAGAGGGAAUGGAACCCUCCACUACAGGUGAUGUUGAAGAACGUUGAGGCGAAAACGAAGGAAGCCAAUGCGAAACGUCUCGCGAGAGAGACACUGGUUGCAGCCAAUAUGGCAAAGAUGCCUAAGAUGGUGGCUGACUGGAGGAAGGAAAAACGGGAGGUGAAACAGAAGUUGAAAGAUGAGAAGGCCCGCCGUGAAAGGCUGCUAGCCGAGGCCAGAGAACGCUUUGGCUAUGCAAUGGACCCCCGAAGCCCCAAGUUCCUGGAGAUGGUCAGUGAAAUCGAAAAGGAGGAGAAGAAGAAAAGGAAGCUGAUGAAACGUAGACUAAAAGAAGAACAGAGCCACGCCCCUCCUGCUGCUUCCUCGGCUGAUUCCUCGUCAUAAGGCACAUAUUGACUGACAUUGUAAAUAUGACUAUUUAGUAAACUUUGUAAAUGUAUUGUCAACUGUGUGUUUUGAAUUUGGCUGCUGUAAUAAAUUAAACGCAUUAGAACUAGG